AUGGAGACUAAAAUAUAAAAUUAAGUUAUUGAUUAAAGGCGAUUUUAUCAUGAUGCAAAUCACAUUCUAUAACCAAAAAACUCACUUCCUACUUUAACAAAAAAUAGCCCCUCAACAUUAUAUAAUUUCCAACCAUCUUCUCCAAAAAUAUCUCUAAAUAAAAAUACUUCUACUUUUUAAGAGUACAUCAAAUAUAUUUUAGCAGAGAGACUAAAGAAAAACUAAGAGGCUUUAAACAAUUCCAAAGAAGACAAUAAAUUUAAUUUUGGUAAAGCAAUCCAUUCAAAAAAUUAAAGCUAUGGAAAACUACACUUCUAACGAGAAGCUAGCUUCUAAUCAUUAACAGAUCGUGAAAAAAUACAAAAUUUAAUAGAGAAACCAACAAUAGAAAAAUUAUUUCCAGAUAUUGUAAAUAAAAAUAUACAAAAGUAAAGUUUCUCAGCAGGCAGAAAACCAUUCUUUUAAUCAAGCAAUAUCAACAGCAAUAAAAGUAUCAGUUAAGAGAGCUUCAAACCUGAGUAGAUUUAAGAAUUUGUUAAAAAAAAUAGCAAUAAUUAGGACAUUUCUCCUAUUUGUAAUAGUCCUAAUUAUUAAUCAAUUCAGAUAUAUCAGCUUAGGAAAUCUCAAUAACAGAUAAAAAAAGAGUAAAACAUAAACCAAAGCAUAAAAAGUUCUUUUAGUGAGGAAUAUGGAACUAUCAAAAAUAGGUACUUUUAAUUCGAUACUUCUAAAAAUGAAGGUAUCAAAGAAACAAAUGUAGAUAAUUUUAUAGAAGUUGAUGAUAAACAAGAAUAAAAAAGUAGUGUAAGCAUUAUUGACUUUGAUUAAAAUGAAGAUAAAGACAUUUAUUAAGAAGAUGCUAAGAAAUCAGAGCAAGGAUAAUGCCAUAAGAAUUCGUUUUCUUCAUAAUUUUCUAAAAAAAUUGAAAAAAAUCCUUAAAAAUAGAUAAUAGUUGUAAGAAAGCAUAAGAAUAAAAUAAAAUAGGAUCUUCAUACAAAUUAAUCAAAUAAUAUUUAAGAGUGUGAUUCAAAACAACAAGAAGUUCAUAACGCUAAAUUAAUGACUUAAAAUAAUAAUAGAAAUAGUUUAAAUGCUACCUAAUAAUUUUAUUUUCAGGUAAAUCAUCGCUCAAACAUUCAUAAUUCAAAGUAGUUUCAGUAAAUUGAUAUGAUUUCAAAAAAUUAUCCUAAAUAAUUUAAAGGAAUGAGCAAUUUUCUUGAGAAAAAUGAACUUGAAGCUCAGUUGGGUACAUACAAUCAAAAAUAGCAAUUAAUUUGUGAUGAUAGCGGUUUAUAGGAAAUAAUAAAAAAACAAUAAGAAGGAGAACCAUCCUUAUAACUGCAAAACUAAACAACAUAACCAUCUUUGAAAUAUUUAAUUGACAAGAAUUAUAAAAAAGAAUCAAAUAAACUAGAAUAAUAAUCUUAAGUUGCUAUUAGUAAAGAUAACAAUAGCUUAUCUAUAAUGAUAAAUCAAACUACCUCACCAAAAAUGUAGUCAGCAACCAAUGGAAUAGGAACUUCAUAGACUUAAAUGGAUGAUACUAUCACAUAAUCUGAUAAGCCAGUUUAAGGAUUUGCAGUAGACUUAUAAAAGAGUUAUUUAGAUCAUUCAAUCACAUUCAAUAACAAAAAACAACUUUAAGACGAAAAAAAAAAUCAUACAGCAAACGCAUAAAAGUUGUCUUAAAUUAUUAAAUACUAAUCAGAUAAACUUAAACUGUAAAAUUAUAAAAAGUAGGUUUAAAUACUUAAAUUUUCUAUUCAAGAAGAACAAUUUUAGCUUAAGAAAGCAUUUGAUUAAAUACUAUAGAUAAAAAAUUCCAAGAACAAAUUUAUUAAAACUUUUACUACAACAUCCAGCGUUCAGUAAAUGCCAGUUGCAGCAGUAACUAAUUCUCAAAAAUAAUUGUCAAAAAUUUAAUCAGAUUAAAUGGAUCAGCCAUAAGUUUAAAAAAUUUAUCAAAAAAGAAUUUAAACCAAAGCUAAUGUAAAAAAUCGCUAAAAGUUAAACUAAAUAAAUUAAGAAAAUUCGUAAUCAGAAGAUAAUUCAGAAGCAAAAGAGUAUAUUAUGGAUAGUUCAGUCAAAGAUUAUUUUAAUCAAAGAGUUAAAACAAAAGAUGAAUCAGAAGAAAACAAGAAAAUCAACUCAUAAAAAAAUGAGAAAUAAGAUAAAAUUGACUUUUAUAAGCUCAGACUUUAUUAUGGUAAUAAAUAUGAAUCUAAGUUAUCAACAAAAAAUAUUAAAUAAAUAAACCUAAACACCUUCCGUGAAAGGAGUUUUACAAAUAAUACGCCCGAAAACAGUAACAAUAUGCAAUUAGAUCCAUGGGAAAGCAAUCAUUCAGAAACCUAAGAAGAAUAUGAAUAGUAUUAUCUAUAAUUAUGA